CGCAUGUCAUGUUUCUAUCUCUUUUGUUGCCGACCAUAUUGAAUUUCGCCAUUUUCCUUCCGCCUGUUUUCGCCAUUGUUGUUUGUUGGUUGAUGAUUUUCUGAAGUUCUUGGUUGACUUAGUCCUUUUGUGCUUUAUCGGUAAAAUUAAGAACAUGGCUGACGAGCUUGACGUUGAGGCGAUGCUAGAAGCCCCAUUUAGGAAGUCGGAUGAUGCAGUCAAUGGCAAAACCAAAGAAAACGGCGACGUGUCCAAAUCCUCCGAUAGAAGAUCCCGUAGGUCUCGUAGCAGAAGCCGUAGCAGAGUAAAGAAAAGCCGAAGCCGUUCCAGGGACCGUAGGAAGGGCCGCGAUGAGAAGAAACGGAGCAGAAGCAAGGAUCGUAGACGAUCCUCAAGAGAUCGUCGUCGGUCUCGAUCUAGAGACAAGAGAUCCAGAUCGAGGGAUAGGAAAUCUAGUAAAUCCAGAGAUCGAAGGUCCAGAUCUAGAGACCGUAGACGACCGGUAAGGUCUAAGAGCAGGAGCCGAUCCAGGGAUAGGAGAGAUAGAUUCAGACGGAGAAGUCGCGAGCCAAGAAGAACCCGAAGCAGAGACCGUAAAAGUCGUAGCAGGAGUCGCAAACGAAGCCGCAGCCGUAAAAGAUCCCCGUCGCCACCCGCCGCAGCAGUGCGUCCGCCGUUCAGAAAAGCCACCAGAUCGCCUUUGGGCCUAAGAAGCUCGUCGCCAUUGGAAGAGUUAAGUUCGGAAGAACGCGAUGCCCGGACGGUAUUUUGUAUGCAAUUGUCGCAACGGAUACGCGCCCGAGAUCUGGAAGAAUUCUUUAGUUCGGUGGGGAAGGUGCGAGAUGUCAGGAUGAUUGUGUGCAAUAAGACCAGGAGGUUCAAGGGAAUUGCUUAUAUUGAGUUUAAAGAUCCAGAAAGUGUUGCCUUGGCUUUAGGAUUGUCUGGUCAAAAAUUGAUGGGUGUUCCGAUAAUAGUCCAACACACCCAAGCCGAGAAAAACAGAAUGGGCAACGCCAUGCCCAAUUUGAUGCCGAAAGGCAUGACCGGACCGAUGCGUCUGUACGUGGGAUCACUACACUUUAAUAUCACAGAAGAAAUGUUAAGGGGCAUAUUUGAACCGUUUGGAAAAAUCGAAAACAUUCAGUUAAUAAUGGAUCCCGAAACUAACCGGUCUAAAGGAUACGGAUUCAUUACAUACCUCAACUGCGACGACGCGAAAAAGGCCCUGGAACAACUAAACGGAUUCGAACUAGCAGGCAGACCGAUGAAAGUAGGAAACGUGACGGAAAGGAUCGACCUGCAAACGUCGGGUCCAUCGAUUUUGGACUCGGACGAGUUGGACCGUUCCGGUAUCGAUUUGGGGGCCACUGGAAGACUUCAGCUCAUGUUUAAACUGGCAGAGACCGCGGGUAUGCAGGUACCUGCCGCGGCAGCUAAUGCGCUCAGCAUGGCCACCGGACAACCCGUGGUACCUCAAGUGCAGACUAGUACCGCACCGCCUAUCGCCACUCAAUGUUUUAUGUUGAGUAAUAUGUUUGAUCCAAUCUCGGAGAAUAACCCAACCUGGGACAUAGAAAUCCGAGACGAUGUAAUUGAAGAAUGUAAUAAACACGGAGGCGUAUUGCACGUUUACGUGGACAAAGGAUCGCAAGGCAAUGUGUACGUAAAAUGCCCCUCGAUCGCAACAGCGGUGGCGUCCGUAAAUUCAUUGCACGGUCGAUGGUUCGCCGGAAGAGUUAUCACGGCCGCCUACGUUCCAUUGUUAAAUUACCAUUCAUUGUUUCCUGAUGCUAUGACCACUACGCAAUUAUUACUGCCCAGCAGCAGAAAGUGAUCGUGAUAAGAGUAUAAUGAUUUUUUUUAAGGUUUUGUAGAUAUUUUUGUAUUAAGAGUUUCGGAUUAACUAUUAGGAUAGUUACUUAAUUUUUUAAUUGCACCGUGUACAUUGCUAAUGAAUAAAAUUAUAUGGUAAGUUUAGUA